UAAAUCCUAGGCAAUAAGCUAACGCCUAGGCAUUAAGUUAUUGCCUGAAAUUUCCAGGCAUUAAGCUUAUUGCCUGAAAUUUGGUGAUGAUUAUUCAUCCUAUUGCCGAACAUGAUUUUAGGCAAUAAGUGAAAUUUUAGAAUUUAGGUGUUUUUAGUGAUUUUUCUUGAAAUAAAGUAUUUUCUUAAUUAUAUUCCUAAUAUUAAUAUACGUUUAUCGGACAAAUCUUCAAAUUUUAGUACUUUUCUUAUUUAAAACAGAAUUAACUCAUACUUUUUUGUGGAAGUACAAAAAAUAAAAAGGAUUUAAAAAAGUGAUUGUAUCCCAUAAAAAAAGGGGAGAUUCUAUAUAAUCCUUAUAAUAAUUAUUUGAAAAUGUUUACACUUCACUGGUCAAGCUGGUUUGAACUGGUCAAAAGUAGACAAAAUUAAGAUAUGAUUUUUUGCUCAUACCAUUUUAUUGGAUAAGUAAAUUUUCUUUGUUAAAAUAUUUGUUAAAUGCCCUCAGGCCAUCUUGUCUUUUUCACUUCUUUAUCUGGAUUAUUCGCAUUAAGUGACACCAUGUCUAUUGAGGAAAAAUUUCUUGAAUCUUUGAGGUCUAAAUUCGAAUCAGGGAAAACAAGGAGCAUAUACCCUAGAGUAAAGUACCAUGAUCUUUUGGCAAAGAUUAAACUUUUGGAAUCAUCAGAAAAGAAAUUGACAAAAGAUUACUACAAUUUAAGAAGGUAUGACAUUUUUAAUAUUGGUGGUUUUGAAAGGUUGAUAACUAAAGUCAGCGAGAAUGACGAGGGAAAUUUCAAAAUUUAUGUCUUCCUAGAGGAACUCUAUGGUAUUUUGGAAAAGGCACAUAAAGAAACUGGUCAUGGCGGCAGAGAUCGCAUGAUAAAACAACUAAAUAAUGGAUAUGCUAACAUUUCACGUGAUGCAAUUGAAUUAUUUCUGUCACUUUGUGAAAAUUGCAAUAUGAAAAAAAAACAUAUAGGGAAAGGCGUAGUAGUGAAACCCAUUUUAUCUAAAGACUUUAACAGUAGAGGACAAGUUGAUUUGAUGGAUUUUCAAUCAAACCCAGAUGGAAACUAUAAAUUUAUUAUGGUAUUUCAAGACCACCUUACAAAAUUUUGUAACAUUAAAGCCCUUACCUCAAAAUGUGCAUCAGAGGUGGCUUUUAAUCUAAUUGAUAUUUUCACAAUUUUUGGUGCGCCCCAUAUACUGCAAAGUGACAAUGGUCGGGAAUUCACAGCUUUGGUCAUAUCCGAGUUAAAAUUAAUGUGGCCAGAACUUGUUAUCGUUCAUGGGAAACCGAGACAUCCCCAAUCACAGGGUAGCAUUGAGCGAUCAAAUGGAGAUAUCCAUGACAUGCUAACUGCAUGGCUGAGGGACAAUGAAUCAACAAAGUGGUCAAUUGGUAUCAAGUUCGUCCAGAUUCAAAAGAAUUCAGCUCUAAACAAAGGCAUUGGACGGUCCCCCUAUGAAGCUUUAUUUGGUAAAUGUGCAACAGUUGGAUUAACAUCAGAAACCAAAAUUCCGAAAGAAAUAUUGAUGACCUUAGAAAAGGAAGAGGACUUACUUAAGCUCCAGACAGAGUCUGUAAAUGAUCAACCUGUAACUGAAAAUAAAACAGAAAACAUUGUCCAUGCCUCUGAUAUACCAGAAUCUAUUGCAGAACCAAAUGUGGAACCUUCUACUCCAAUCACUGAUGAAACAGAUGUCUUAAAGUGCUAUGUAUGUGAAAAGGAUACAUCUGGAGCUCAUAUGUGUAGUAAAUGUGAUAAACACAUUCAUGUUAUAUGUGGUACUACUGUUAGUGAAGAGGGAUACGGUUCAAAGGUGGUAUGUCCAAAUUGUAAAAUUGAUACCAACAGAGUUCGACAUCGUUCUGGAGCCAUGGACAGUCAACUGAAGCAGGCAAACACUAUGAUAGCCAGGAGCAAAAAGGAACUAGGGACGGCAGAAGUUGGGCAAACAGUUGCCGUACCAAUACCUAUGUUUGACAGAGGGAAGGGUGACAGUAGAAAUUUACUCGGCCGAGUCAUUGAGGUCAAUGAUAAGGGCAAUGCUGUUGUGGCUACAAGAUUUGGACAACUUCAAGGAACAUUUGGAACAAAUGAGAUGGGAAUAUGUAAACAAAAUUUAAUUCUGGAAGAGGAAAUUAAUUGUGAAACAACUUUAAGUGUACGUGAGGCAGCAACCCAUCAGUCAUUAUCCGGAGGUCAAGGAUUUUUCAAAUGUUCUUGUAAAACUAAAUGUUUAAGUAACCGGUGCAAAUGCAAGAAAAACGGGAGAAAGUGCAAUAGUCGGUGCCAUAGUUCUACAACUUGUGAUAACAAAUGAUUUUAACACAAAUUUGUAUCAAGUUUUCAUGUUUUAUAAGUAAUAUUUGACGAGUUUUAAUAUAAAAACAUAUCUUAUCUGUGAUUUUAUUUCCAGGAGAUGACAUUUUAAACUUCAGUUCUCGUAAUUUUAUUAUGUAACAAAUGUAUAAUUUUUAUUUUUAAUUGAAUAAAUGUCUUUUAUUUACUCGCAUUUAUACUUUAGGCAUUAAGCUUAAUGCCUGGACACAUUUUUCAGGAUUUAAGCUUAAAUCCUAGGAUUUAAGACUAAUGCCUAACUUCAUUUAGGCAUUAGACUUAAUGCCUAGGCGUUAGCUUAUUGCCUAGGAUUUAAGCUUAAUGCCUAAUUUCGCUUAUUGCCGCUAACA